AGGAGUUGUCACUUUGGCAUUUCUUUCCAAGUGCCAUGCAUUCAAUGCAUAGGACUUAAUUUUUACUUUUACGAGUAAAUAAUUGUACAACUUGAGAUAAAGUGAAGCAAAACCGCCAAAAUGAGUUAUUCCAAGUUUGAUUUAACGUUCAAAAUAGGUCAAUACCUAGACCGGCAUUUAGUGUUUCCAUUACUUGAGUUUUUGGCUGCUAAAGAAACUUACGACCAAUCGGAGCUCCUGCAAGCCAAACUAGAGAUUCUUAGCAAGACUAACAUGAUUGAUUAUGUUAUUGAUAUCAGGAAAAUGCUUUACCCUGAUGAGGACACCCCUGAGGAGAUUAAAGCGAGAAGAGGGGUAGUUCUCUCCCAGCUGCAAGAGCUCCAGGAUGCUGUGGAGCCAGUUUUGAGACUCAUGCAAAGAGAUGAUGUCAUGAAGACAGUAGAGACCAUGAGAGACCCCAAGACUCUCAUCAACCAUCUUACUACUAACAAGGAGUUUGAGUUCAAAGUUGAGAUGAUUGACAGCAUGUAUCGGUUGGCCAAAUACCGAUACGAGUGUGGUAACUACGUUGAAUCAGCGUCCUAUCUCUAUUUCUGCCAGCUGGUGAUGUGCCCGACUGACAAGAACUACUUGUCUGUUCUAUGGGGCAAACUCGCUAGUGAGAUCUUGGUACAAAAUUGGGAUGGUGCCCUAGACGACUUGACGAAGUUGCGAGAGUUCAUUGAUAAUGGUGGAGCAGGAGCAACUGCCAACAAUAUGCAAGCCCUUCAGCAGCGCACUUGGCUUGUGCACUGGUCACUUUUCGUAUUUUUCAACCACGUCAAGGGGCGAGACCUCAUCAUUGAGAUGUUUUUGUACAAGCCUCUGUACUUGAAUGCCAUCCAAACGAUGUGCCCGCAUAUCCUGCGUUAUUUGGCGACUGCUGUUAUUAUUAACCGUUCCCGAAGGAACGCCUUGAAGGACUUGGUCAAAGUAAUUCAGCAAGAAGCCUACACUUAUAGAGACCCCAUCACGGAGUUUAUAGAGCAUCUCUAUGUAAACUUUGACUUCGAAGCUGCCCGCCGGAAGUUGAACCAGUGCCAAGCAGUACUUUUGACCGACUUUUUCUUGAUUGCGUGUCUAGAAGAGUUUGUUGAAAAUGCUCGCCUUAUGAUUUUCGAAACUUUCUGUCGUAUUCACCAAGUCAUCAGUAUUGGAAUGUUAGCUGAGAAUUUGAACAUGCAGCCAGAUGAGGCUGAAUGCUGGAUUGUAAACUUGAUUCGUAAUGCGCGUCUGGACGCCAAGAUCGACUCCAAGUUAGGUCAUGUUGUGAUGGGGGCCCAACCUUUGUCCCCAUACCAACAACUUGUGGAAAGGAUCGACUCACUCGCUGUCCGAUCUGAAGCGCUGACGUCGUUAGUAGAACGUAAACAGAAAACCCGUAACCAAGAUAUUCGUUGGGGAACUCAAGAAUUUUAAGCUUAACAUUCAUUUGAUAAAAUAAUUCCGAACUAGCAUUACUUGCGUAAGAAUCGUCUCAAAGAAAUAACAUUAUGUACUUCAGCCCAUCUAUGAAGCAAUUUUUAUUACAUAUACAUAUUUAUACUAUAA